AGAGGUCGUUGUUGCAGGUCGAAUAUCUGUGGUUUAGUUUACAUCGUCUAGUGUGCGGAGUUUCCGUGUCUUUUUUGUCGCCGAUCCGGGUAGCAAAAUGGGCAUAUCAAGAGACCAUUGGCAUAAGAGAAGAGCUACUGGUGGAAAGAGAAAGCCCAUCAGGAAGAAGAGGAAAUUCGAAUUAGGUCGUCCAGCUGCAAACACCAAACUUGGACCGCAGAGGAUUCAUACUGUUCGUACGCGGGGAGGCAAUAAGAAAUACAGAGCCCUCAGAUUGGAUACAGGUAACUUUUCCUGGGGUUCUGAAUGUACUACCCGAAAAACUCGUAUUAUUGAUGUUGUUUACAACGCAUCCAACAAUGAGUUGGUACGAACUAAGACUCUGGUGAAGAACGCUAUUGUCACCAUUGAUGCCACACCAUUUAGACAGUGGUAUGAGGGUCAUUAUGUGCUUCCUCUUGGCAGAAAGAGGGGUGCUAAAUUGACAGAAGCUGAAGAAGAGGUAUUGAGCAAAAAACGUUCGAAAAAAACAGAAUCUAAAUACAAAGCUAGGCAGCGAUUUGCCAAAGUUGAGAUUGCUUUAGAAGAACAAUUUGCAACAGGUCGUGUUCUUGCUUGCAUAGCGAGUCGUCCUGGUCAAUGCGGAAGAGCGGAUGGCUAUAUCUUGGAAGGGAAAGAACUUGAAUUUUAUAUGAGGAAGAUUAAGAGCAAAAAGGCGAAGUAAGAAUAUGUAAUGGUGGUUCUUCAAUAAAAAAAAAA